GGCAGGGACAGGGAGGAGCCAGUUAUGUCCCCAAGGCUGUUUGUGUGAUGAGGCUGAAAGCCGCUGUGCCUGAGAUGGGUCUUUGACAAGAUGACUCAGCUCUAGGGUUUGGUGAAUGAUGGAAAGACCCAGAUCCUUGGAUUGCUCUGCAGACCUGACUGUGGCCAGUUGGAACUCUGAUGGACAGGGGUGAUGGUGGAAGGAGGGCCGCUGCCUUCCAUCCAGGCCAUUCUUGGUCUUUCUGGAAUGUACAGGGGAGGAGGAGGGGGGAAGCCACCUCCCUCUCUGGCUCCCACGCACUCACUGGAUAUGCACUGGCCUCACCGGCCACAGCCCCGUCAGCUCCACCGGCACCGUCAGCCCCGAGGGCCACGACUGGCCGCACUCGGCACAUGGAGAUUUACCAAGAUUUACCAAGACUGUGGAUCACUCGCAACCUUGUCCCGAUAAACUGGACCUCACCAGAAAAGGAUAUUCCUAGUAAAUGCCGAGAAACAAACACAGGAAGCCUAACGAAUAAAACGGAGAACUUGCACACACGGCUCGUGGUUCCCUCCAUGGUGUUAGCCUGCUCUGCUUCCCGGGGAGAAGUCGGUUUUCAUCUCUGGGGCCCUCUUACCACCCUGGUCUCCCUUUGUAUAACGCGCACAUUUGCAGCCGUAAAAUGUGAGCCUUGAUUGGGCAAGGAGAUGAGACAUUGUGGGGUGGUCGUGACCUCACAGACCCUCAGCUUCUGGCCCCUCUGUCAGAUGGGUCUGCUCCUGCUUCCUUAUCUCUGGCUGUCCCCUUGCCGGGGCAGACCCGUCCUCCUCCCGCUCAGAAAUCUGCCCCCUCCGUAGCUCUCCUGGGGAAUUCUAUAUUUUUGGCUCCUGGAGAAUGAGGACCAGGAGCAGUCCCUCGUUCUUGAUGCCUUAAGAGAUGAAAGAAGAUUGACUGUGUGAGCCUGUGAAGGGUAUUGAGCCAAGGGGUGACCACCACCUGGGCAUGGGACACUGGCCCCUUCCCCACCUCCUGUGAGUGAGCCAGAGGCCGGAGUUACUGUGGGGAUGCCUGUCCAUCACCGGAAGUCAGACUCCUGGGAGAUGGACCCUGAUUCAUCCCCCGGCUGCAGGCUCGGUGACCUGAGCAGAGGGAGCAGUUUGGAGAGUCGGACCAGCAGCUCUCGUUCCCGAAGCCUCACUCUGGAUGAUGAGAGCCUGAAGUACCUCACACACGAGGAAAAGGAUGUCCUCCUGUUUUUUGAAGAGACGAUUGAUUCCCUGGAAGAUGACUUUGAGGGGCAGGUCCUGUGUGACGGUGACGCCCAGUGGCACUCUCCGAGGUCUCUGGAAGACAGCACUUCCGCUCCCUCCAAGCCAGAGGAUGUCGUGGCCUUGGUGCAGCUGGGCCCUGGAGCCGGGGAGCCCGAGGGCCUUGAGGAGGUGAAGGAGACCGCAGGGGCUGGCCCUUUUGGAAAGGAAGACACCCUUGACCUUGAUGGCAAGAAAGAGGAUGCAGAGAAGUCUCCUCCGUCAGACCCCCCAGGGCCUGAGGCCCUGCCAUCUUCCCCACCUGCCUCAACUGUAGCAGCUCCGGCCCACCCCAGGAGAGAGCCCCCCGCUCCCCCCGCAGAGCACCCCAAACUGCCCCGCUCGGUCCCUACUCCGCUCGUCAUCGCCCAGAAGAUGUCUGAGAAGCUGACAGGGAAUGAAGGGCUUUCGCCCACAUCUCCGUCCAAAGAGGGCAGGCCUGCAGAGUGGAGGACGCUGGCUUCUCUGGCCCCUCGACACGGAGACCACUCACCGUGGCACCGACAGCCGGCGCCCAAGAUCCACCGCUUCCCGAGCAACAUCAGUGUGACCAACAGUGCGGGGAAGGACUUCAAUAAGACCAUCUCCAAGGCCGCAGUCAACGUGCAGGAGCGCAAAGCCCAGGUCCUGGCCAAUAUCAACGGCGUCUCCUUCCUCUCUGUGGGGGAGACGGAGGACCGGGCCCAGAGGGGCGAGACCAUCGAGCAGAGAAGCGUCUCUCCCGAGCAGAGCCAGCCAGGCCCGGCCCAGGAGGCUGUCCCCACGCGGGCUGGGGCCCGCGGCGCCCAGCAGUCCAGAGGCGUGCAGACAGAACAGCCCCUACCGCUGGCCAACGGCUUCCAGAGCAUCCACGACGUCCUCAAGAGCCAGGCCGGACCCUUCAUCUCCACCGGGAAGACGGUGACCUUCCGUCCGGACCCGGCCCUCCCCAGCAGACUUGCACCCCAGCAGCCAGACUGCGGACAGGCGGCCAGGAAGCGGUCGGGCUCGCUCCCCAGGGCUGUGGGGUUCAGACCCCAGGGUAUCACUGUCCAGUUCUCGGGCCGGGGCUCCACGGAGGAGGCCCGCCGGGAGGCCCUGCGGAAGCUCGGCCUCCUGAAGGAGAACUUAUGAUGGAGAGUGAGCGGACGCCGGGGAAGGCAGGGCGGCCUGCUGCGCAGAGCCAAAAAUGGAUGUGCACAUGCGCACAGCUACGAAGCCCUGACUGGGUACCGGGUUGACUAGAGAUGAGGGCCUGGGCGUCCAUAGGUGAGCCGCCCUCCAUUCUGCAUCCGAGCUGGGACAUCCUUCCAUGUUAAGAGGGCCCGCACCACGUCUUGUCUUCCCUUUUCCAAGAGCUCAGAGAAUAACCUUGAAAACCUACAGGUUUCUAUGAUUUGUAAAUGCCAUAUGUUUUUUGGAUCUAGGAGGAAGGGGAUUUAGGUCUGUUGUUUUUUUUUUGCUGUUAUUGAGCCUCUGAUCUAACCUUUAAUCCCCGAAUGCUUGAGAGGAAAGCCAGUGUAGAUCUCAUACUCAUUUCCCUAAGAAAGGGAACUUCCCCUCCUUUUCAAGAAAAUAAAGAAGUGCUUCUUCAAUUUUCAUAGUGUCUUAAAGUACUGUUUUGGUCUUUUGUUAGUUUUUUAAAGGUGAAAGACAGUAUGUUAGCCUGAGAUAUGCCUUUGUUUCUUGAUAAAAUUUGGUUUGCCCAGGAUGGUUUUUUUUUUUAAUUGAAAAUUAAAGCCUUUAGAGUAUGAUUUGCUAUAAUGUUGAGUUAUGGGAAUGGAAUGUAAAGGUUCAGUUUGGAAAAAAGGGUAAUUUUAAGAAAGUCUUAUCAAACUACAGAGUCUUUGUUACUGGGAGAUAUGUGUAUGAUCAUGUACUGUGUAUAUACAUGUACAUAAUAUAUGUUUAUAGGGACAUAUAUACAGAUAUAGGUGGUAUGCACACACAUUAUUACAUAUAUAUUAACUUCUUAAAACCCUGUUGCAUAACUGCAGGAUUCAAUCACUUCCUAUUCUUUUGAUACACAAACCAUCUCAGUGUUGAGAUGAUGCCACAGAAAUCAUUACUUCCUAAUCAAGAAGUCUUUUAAGGACACAUCUCCAUAACAUUUUGGUGAACCAAAGUGCUUUUUCUUCAACAAUGUGUUCUGUUCCCAGUUAAAGUAAUAAUCCAAAUAAGCUUCCUGCUAAGCAUGAGAGUUCAUUUUUUUUAGUGAAAGUUUUUUUUUUUUUUUAGUGAAAUAUACUUUGUGUGUGUGUAUGAAGUACACUUUUAAAGAUGUCAUGUAUCACCUAAUUUUAACCUAAUUUUAUCACCAUAUUUUAGUUUUGCAUGUUCCAAGGUGACUGGUAAACAAGGAAACAAGAGUCUUAACAGCCCCCAUGUUCCAUGGGCAAGAUCUCAGGAUUAAUUUAAAAGGGAAAAAGCAGCUAACUAGGUUACACAGCAUGAAACUGGUUUUCUCCCAUACAAUAUCUCCCAUGCUGGGUUGUAACCACCAGCUUUAUUAUCAAAACUAUUUCAGGCUGGAGUCUAAAACCUCUAAAAAUAGACCAGGAAGGCCCACACUUGAAAGUCACACCCUUUUGUUGUAUGUCUCAGCCACUGUCACAGAAUCUGUUUCUUUCCUGUUGAGUAUUAUUUAAACUCAAACUUCUAAAUGUGCUGUGAAGGGUGUUUUUCAUAGUAUCAAUUUGCCUUGUAAAUUACAUAAAAUGAUUGUAAUGUUUUCUUUAGAAUGACAGUAUUUAGUGACUUGCCUAGCUCUUGUCCUCCCGAAAUAAUCUCAUAGAUUCUCAAUGGUCUUAAUUUAAAUAGGUGCUUUGAUUUUACAGGUUUUUAAAAAUAGUUUUUAUUUUGCUUCUGUUUAUGUUGGACUUGUUUAAAGGAUUCUUGGGGGCUGUUAUUUCCUUUUUAUAAAGCAAGAUGCCAUGUUACACAGUAUUUUUAAAUGGCUUACAUUUUUAAAAUCUCUUGUAUUUGAGGAUUCUUUUUUUCUUGUCCUAUGACUUCAUUGUGACUAGAACUUGACUACAUGUUAGUAUAUUUGCUCUUAUAAUGGUAUUUUUGAAAAAUAAAUUUAGAGAUGUCUCUUAA